UCUUGCCAAUUCUUUCUACACAAUUCCUUCCUAUUUUCUUUAUUCCUGUUGCCACCACCCUAUUCCAUUCUGUCAUCAUUUCCCUACCUUUUCUAUUGUUGGAGUCUCCACUCUGGCCCUCCUGACCCCUCCUGGUCCAGUCUGUUUACUCUGCAGCCAGAGUGAGUGAUUGUUCUAAUAUGCAGAUAUGAUUGUAUUGCUGUUAAAACCCUUCAGAGGCAGCCCAUUAGUUACCCCAAGAAUAAAACCCAGCAACCUGAACUUGGCUUACAAUGGCCUUCAGACAGUCCUGUCUGCUUUACCAGCCUGUUACAGUUCUCUCCCAAUUCCUUCAACUGAACACAAUCUCUUUUGUUCUUAACUAUGCAGUUCCCUUUGCCUCCAUCACUCUUUUCCCCCUCUUUGCCUAUCCAGCUUCCAUUCAUCCUCCAGGCUUCAGCUUAAAUAUAUUUUCCUAUCUCACCUGGAUGCCAGCAUAGCUCUAUUUGUAAGACUCACCACCCUACUUUUGUUGAGAUCUGUGGUCCUGUCUGCAUUGGAGCAUCUGUGAUGGCAAGGACGAUGAGAGAUUUGUGCAGGAUUAUAAAACCUGAUGCAGGUGCUCAGUGUCAAACUGUUGAAAGAAUAAAGGAAUAAGUUGCUAUUGUCCUGUCAUGGUGAUUAGAACUAUUUUGAAUUAAUUCUGCCUUUUGAUAAUAAAUGUCAUUCUCAAUUGUUUCUGUUUUUGAAUAUAGUUUGAGAGAGCCGAGGAGACUGGGAGUGAAGCCAGGCUGCGUUGGGGUGCCCAGCAUGGAUGGCUACUCAACCCUGAGAGUGAUUGGGGAGGGCUCCUUUGGCAGAGUCCUUUUGGUUCAGCAGGAAAGCAGUAGUGAGAUGUUUGCCAUGAAGGAAAUAAGGCUUUCCAAGAAUUCUAGGAAGGAGGCUGUUCUGUUAGCCAAGAUGAAACACCCCAAUAUUGUUGCCUUUAAAGAAUCAUUUGAAGCUGAAGGACAUCUCUAUAUUGUGAUGGAAUAUUGUGAUGGAGGGGACCUAAUACAAAAGAUUAAACAUCAGAAAGGAAAGUUGUUUCCUGAAGAUAUGAUACUUAAUUGGUUUACACAAAUGUGCCUUGGAGUAAAUCACAUUCACAAGAAACGUGUGUUACACAGAGAUAUCAAAUCCAAGAAUAUCUUCCUCACCCAAAAUGGAAAAGUAAAACUGGGAGAUUUUGGAUCUGCCCGUCUUCUCUCCAAUCCCAUGGCGUUUGCUUGUAGUUAUGUGGGAACACCUUAUUAUGUGCCCCCGGAAAUUUGGGAAAACAUGCCUUAUAACAAUAAAAGUGACAUCUGGUCUUUGGGAUGCGUUCUGUAUGAACUCUGUACCCUGAAGCAUCCGUUUCAGGCAAAUAGUUGGAAAAGUCUUAUUCUCAAAAUAUGUCAGGGGUCCAUGAGCCCACUGCCAUCUCAUUAUUCCUACGAACUUCAGCAUUUAAUCAAGCAGAUGUUUAAAAGGAAUCCUUCUCAUCGCCCCUCAGCUACCACGCUUCUCUCUAGAGGCACGUUAGCUCGGCUUAUCCAGAAGUGCUUAACCCCAGAGAUCAUCGCAGAAUAUGGUAAGCAGGUAUUAGAAGAAACCAAAAAAUAUACACAUAGUACACCAAGAAAAAAAGAUCCUUUCAAGCUGCUGCCCCAGCACUGGAGCUCAGAGGGAGUGAAUCUGAACUCCAGUAGAGUCAGGAUCGCUUUGGAAAAAGAAGCAAGCACAGUGCAAGGGGAAGAGCAAGGUAGAAAGUGUAGCCUCCCUGAUUUAGAAAGCAUUAAUAAAAAUUCAGUUGCAAGUGCACUGAGGAGCGUAAACAGAGAAGAGAAAGGUGGUAAAUCAGUCUGUCUGAGGAAAGCGAGUUCACCAAGUCCUCUCAGGCGACAGUGGGAGAAAAAUAUAUGCACUACAGCACUUGCCGCUUUGGAAAAUGCCUCCAUACUCACCUCCAGUUCAACCGCAGAAGAUGAUAGAGGUGGUUCGGUAAUAAAGUACAGUGGAAAUAAUACUCGUAAACAGUGGCUCAAAGAGACUCCUGAAACCUUGUUGAACAUCCUUAAGAAUGCUGAUCUCAGCUUGGCAUUUCAAACAUACACAAUAUAUAGACCAGGUUCAGAAGGGUUCUCCUUGAAAGGUCCCCUGUCUGAAGAAACAGAAGCAUCAGACAGUGUUGAUGGAGGUUAUGAUUCUGUCAUUUUGGAUCCAGAGAGACUCGAGCCUGGACUGGAUGAGGAGGACACGGACUUUGAGGAAGAAGACAACAACUUUGACUGGGUGUCAGAACUGAAGCAGCGAGCUGGCUGGCAAGGAGUAUCUGAUGGCUAAUGCCCAAGGAAAGGUUCUUUAGUCACACUGAGUAGAUGUUUAAAGUGAGGAAUUAAUAUUUGGAUAAUGCUAGUUAAUGGAAUGUAUAUUUUCCCUUGGAAACAGAAUAGGGCCCGGGGGCUGGGGGUUGUGAAUAUUUAAAAUUGUUCCUGAUUAGUUUAAAAAAUCUACAACUCCUGUGAGUUUUUGAACUCAAAGGAGACGGUGUAGAAUAAUGGGUGUGAGCUUCGGGCUUUGCAGUCAGAUAGAACAGAAAUUGGAUGCUCACUGUUUGUGUGAUUGUGUGAAAUUACUUAACCUCUUUGGCCCAAAUUUCCUCAACAAUAACAUGAGGAAAAUAAUGCCUGUCUCAUAGGGAUGCUAAUCAUGGAGCGUGAGAGCAGCCCAUAAUGUUAUUUGCAUUGUUAUGAUUUUUGUUUAUUACUAUGUAACUCUACAUUUCCUAAAGAUUUGAGGAUCUAAAUAUAUUUAAUUAUAACAUAA